GAAAUGACUGAGACAUGUUUUCAGAACUGACAGACGACAGGCCUUUUUUCUGCAGUAUUUCCAUGGAUCCCAAAUAAUGAAUGAAUCUAAGCCGUUUGAACAUACUCCGGUUUAAGUUGAUCAUCUCGUUUAAACUGAGCCCUGACAAUGAACCCGUUUUUAGUGUGUCUGGCAGAACAGUAGCAGUUUAUGCAUUAGUGGCUGUGUGCUAUCAAUACAUUGGUUUACAUUCUCUGGCUAACCAUUGACUCCACAUCAUGUUCAGUCUCAUUACAAAUUGUUGCAUCUGGGCUCGGAAAGUUCAGGAACCAGUAAGAAAUGUUACUCUGCUGAUCCUUGGACUGAGCCACACAGGGAAAACGGCAAUAGUGAAAGGAAUACAAAAAGAAUCUCCUUUCUUAAUUCGUCCAAGUGGUGGAUUUUCCAGGACAGAUCUCACGGUAGAUCGGUUUAAUGUGACAAUAUUUGACCUUGGAGGUGAGGAGAAAAUCCGAAGUACUUGGAAAAAUUAUUAUCCUGAAGCCCAUGGUUUUAUUUUUGUUGUUGACUCGACGGACGUGAAGCGGAUGGGGGAGGCUGGAAAUGUCCUGUCUGAAGUACUAAGAGAUCAAAAGAUGUCUGGGAAGCCUGUCCUUGUCUUAGCGAACAAGCAGGAUAAAACUGAGGCAUUACCAGAGUUCGACAUUAUUGAGCAGCUAUCCUUGGGGAAACUGGCUAAUGAAAAUAAAUCCAUCUGCCAUAUUGAACCAUGCUCAGCUACUUUGGACUAUGCUGAAAAGAAACUAGACAAGACCAUUUUGAAGGGGUUGAGAUGGUUGCUGUGUGCAAUUGCCAAGGACUACACCAAUCUGUGUGCACGAUCAAUCCAUGAUAGUACAGCAGCAAAAGCGAAACAACAGGAACAACCAGCAGGAACACAGUCCAUACGCAGGAUACAAGGACAAAGGAAAAGCCAGACCAGAGUUAGAUUGGAGAAGCAGAAGCGACAGCAUUUGAAAAACUUUGAUGUCACACCUCAUACAAAGAUCAACCCUUCGAAUCAUGUAAAUAAUGGCAUCAAUGCUCAGGAUGAAGAAAAAAUCAAGAAUGUAUUUGUUACUAGGAAGAGAAAGAAAAAGCUCAGGAUUGGUGGAGGCAAUCUGACUUUGUCUGGAACCAGGAGGCUGCCUGAUGGAAAGGAUUCUCCUUCAGAUACGGGGAGCAGUGCACUUGUAACUGAUAACAGGAGGAAUGAGAGAGGUGAAGGAAAUGUCCCACAGCUAGACAAUUCUCAAAUAGCAGAGAAGAAAACACUGACGCCAGACUCUGUAAACACAGAACCAGCCACAGAUGAAAAGAGAAACAAACAAAAGAAACUAAAGAAAAACAAGAAUAAAAUCAAUUCUGCUGACACCGAAGAUAAUUUUUCAAGAAAUGUGGACUUAACAGCACCUCUGGAUCUCUACAGAAAAGCACUCCUUGCAUUAAAGACCAGACCUCAAGCAAACAACUAAGCAGCUUAUUCAAUAAAACAGUAGAGAGAAAUAUCAAAAUAAUUAUUGCAAGAUUUUGAGUUACUGGAUACUCUUCAUUCUGUUGGAAUUGAUUUUCAAUUUCAUUGAAUUUCAAUGAAUGCCUUUACUGUUUCUCUGUAAGAUUUCAAGAAAAUAUUGGCAAAUUAUGCAAAAUAGUAAUCAUUUAUCAUGGAAAAUUUAUCAGGUUAUAAUUGACCAAAUGCUGCAGGAGACCUAAAAUCCUGGUGGCCACCCAUAUCAGGUUGUAACCCAGUGACAAUCCAGACCUUCUUUGUGCUUAAUCAACACAUCUUUUCCAUUCCAUGUCUUCCCUUUUCAUCUGUUGUAUUUCGUAUUCUUUGUUUCUUGCUUAAUAGUCUUCAAGGAGAAGGCAUUGAAUUGUUGCUUAAUCUUUAAUGUUAUGAAGAGAGGUCGAGUCUUGUGAUAUAGUGGCUGUGUUCCUAGCUCUGAGCCUGAAGGUCUGUGUUCAGAUCCCACUGACCCAGGAGGGGUGUUUUAACAAGUUGAUUAAAUCUUGAUAACAAUAUCUAUUGGUAUCUUUGAGUGACCAGUUCUGGACACCAUACUUUGGGAACAAUAUGAAGGCUUCAGAGAGGAUGCAGGAAAGAUUUAUGAGAAUGUUUACAUGGAUCAGGAACUUCAAUGACAGGGAUAAAUUGGAGAAGCCGUGCUUGUUUUCUGGAGUGCAUCAUGUUCCCUCAUAAUGACAUUUUAACUUAAUACGUUUCCAUUGGCUUUUUUUAUUCUUCUUUGUUACAGUGUCUGAACUGUUCAAUAUUUACUUUAAAGGAGUAGAUUGAUAGAAUUUUUCCAAUUGGCUGAAAGUCCAAGAACCAGAGAAUACAAAAAUUUAUGGCUAUUAGUAAAAGAACUGAAGGCUGUGUGAGGAAACACUUUAUACAGCAAAGGCAAUCUGGAAUGUACAGCCUGAGAGAAUGAUGGAUGAAAACUGAGUCAUAUUUUUCAAAAUAACAUUGAACCAAAACACUUCACAGGACAGGGUGGGGGUGGGGGACUAACUGAGCAGCUCUUGAAGAGAGCUGACACAGAUCUGAUGGCCUGAUUGGUCUCCUUCUGCAUUUAACCAUUCUAUGAUUCUAUUCUAUGAUAAACAAGGAGAUUGCAAGCAUUCUAAAUUCAUAGCCAAUUAUACUGUUAGAAAGAAAUUGACUCAAGAUGAUUUUGUAUCAUUGAAUCUAGCUCUCUCUUA